AUGUCCUUUAUAACUAUUCACUUUGGAGGUAAAAAUAGCUCGAGUUUGGCUUUGAAUUAGUGAGCUUAGGCUUAAGUUCUUAUACAAAGUUAGAGCAAGACUACAAAUACCGAUUUGGUUUUGCCGUUCUUCCUCUUUAAUCUCCUGCUAUUCGUCUUUGAUUUACAGAUGACCAGAAACUCUUGUUCAACUUGCUUUGUCCAACGAUUUUGUUGUAUGAAAACAUCAAGCUUCGAUGCAAAUGCGAGGAAAAAGGUGAGGUUGCUUGCAAAAUUCGUCACUUGAUUAAGUAAACCUGAGUAAACUCAAGCUUUAUUAAAACUUAAGAAUCUGCUAUUUUUUCAGUAUUUUAAAAUCCCGUUUAUGUAUUGAAGGCAAGCAUCUUACAGAGCAAUCUUUAACAAAGAAAGUUUAUACGAGAGAGUAAGUAAGCCUAUUUAGAACACGAAAGGACACCUUUUUAUAAACUUGCUUUUUUCAGUUGUGAUAGACAUCGCAGACGAAAACGGCUCGUUAAAAAUACUCUCUGAGAGGCCACCUGAUCAAUAUGCAUCGGAAUAUCUUCAGGGGAGAACAAAUUACAUCCUUCUAAAAGUGUUAAGUAAGUUUGUUUUGAGAAGUUUGAAUAAGCUGUUUAAUACUGGUUUUAGAUAUCUGGAAAUUGACCUGUUGCUAGCAUCCUCAACUUCAGUCUACAGUUUUUUCCUUUUUUUAUUGUUUCCUUUGCAACCACAGAAAAGGCUGACAGCUUGACUGGGAAGGAGUAUUCCAUUUUUGAGCCACUAUUGAACAAUGUAUCAGAACUAUAUCCCGAGUUAAUGUGUAAG